CCUCUACCGAAGAGAUUUUCCACACUUGUCUGAUUCUUCUUUUCAGGUUGUGAAGAUACCGAAGAAGAAGAAGAAGAAGAAGCUCUGAAAAUGUCGGCGAAGACGUUAAUGGCGCGUUCAUACGUUUUUACAGGAGCAACUAAUCCAUUGUUGACGAGAAUGCGUGAAUCGGUUCCUAUAUUGGCUAGGGUUACACAGACGAAUCAAUGGUUGGGGAGCAUUACCACUACCAGAAGAACCUUCAUUACUUUCUCGAGUAGAGAAUUCCAUGCUCGUGUUCAAUCGGGUUUGGAUUUUCGCGCUGGUGGUCGUCGGAAGAUUUUCACUUCCACUCCUGUUCGUGCUGCUCAUGUUAAUGACGCUGGCUCCAUUGAUUCACCUCUUAUCAACUCCAUGCAAAUCAAGAUUAAGGAGCAACUUAAUGCAGAAUCAGUCUCUGUUAAGGAUGCUUAUGGAGAUGGUCGGCAUGUCAGUAUCGAUGUGGUGUCUUCAGCCUUCGAGGGACAAUCAGCAGUGAAUAGACAGAGAAUGGUGUACAAAGCCAUAUGGGAAGAGCUUCAAAACACAGUUCAUGCAGUUGAUCAGAUGACUACCAAAACCCCAAAAGAAGCAGGAAUUGAUCAGUAACAGACGAAGAUAGAGGUUCGAUACUCCGAUUCCAAUUCCCUUCCAUACAUUUACUUACUGCUCUUUCAACUUUAUCUUUCACUGAGAGUUUGUACUAAAAGAACUCUACAUGGUGAGGUAAAAAAGGGGCUCCUAAGUAGUGUUUGUUUAAGUUAAGAGGCAUUCAUCUAUUAAAUGUUACAUUAUAUAUUUGUGCACUAUGUUAGUGCAAGUGAUUAUUUGAGAAGAAAUUGCAGAUCCAUAUUUGUUUUCUGCUACA